AAUAGAAUUCAUUCAUACAUGAACGUGUGUAUGUGCUUAUAGAAAGAGAGAGAUAGAGAGAGAAACAGUCUCAUUCAGGCUGUGUGAUCUUUCUUCUCUCUUCUUUUCAUGCCGCCCCACCGUCCUCUACUACUAGGCUGUGUGAUUUCUUCAAUUCUAUAUAGGGAGACAAGUAUAUGAGCAUAUCGAUGAUGACGCAGAAAGGAAUUCUGAAAAAGUGAAAAAAGAAGAUCGGUCUUCUGUUUUCCCCCCUUUCUUUUCUUUUUUCUAUUCAAUUCUCGAAUCUCAAUUUGCUGUUUACCAGCUGAAAAUGGGUGUUGAGAUGAGGGAGAUCGGAGUUAAAUUCAAGAAAUUCACCAUCGUAUUGGUCAAAUCAUGUUAUAGAUCCGGUCGAGCUCAUCCUUUUAUUGUGAGUAUGGUGAUUUUCUUGAUUCUCCUGAACAGAUCAUUCCCUUCUGCGGUUUCAUUUCUGGUAUCUGCUUCUCCUGUUCUUGUUUGUACUGCUGUUUUGCUUGGGACACUUUUGAGUUAUGGCCAUCCAAACAUACCCGAGAUUGAAAAGGAAGAGAAGACAACUACGCAAGAGGCCGUGGCUUUGAAAAGUAUUUUUUCAAGAGAUACUGUUAUUGUUGGAAGAGACGAGAGCUUUAUUGUUGAGACGUAUAAUGGGGAAGAAGCAAGGGGAGAUUUUGAUAAAGAUGAUGAUGAUGGAAAUUCAAUCCGGAUGGUUGAAAAUUCUAGGGAAAUUCAAUCCUACAAUAUGCCGAUUGAAGAGACCAAGAGUGGGAAUGAGAUGGAUGAUUUUGAACUUGAAGUCAAUGUCAGGAGGGAUGGGAAUCAAUAUUCCUUAAUUCAAGAGGUGGUUGAUGAAGAAGAUGAAACUGGAAAGGAUAUAUCAGGAUUGGCUGGUAUUUCCAUUUCUUCUCCAUCCUCGUCAUGGAGAAAAGCUGAGAAUGAGCAGGAUGAUGAUGAAGAUGACGAUGAUGAGGAUUCAGAUAGUGGAUCUGAUCAUGCUGAGAGUUCCUCUCCAGAUGCAUCAAUGGCAGAUAUCAUUCCCAUGCUUGAUGAGCUACACCCACUUCUAGAUAUUGAUGCUCCUGAAACUGCUCGUAUACAUCAUGUUGGAUCUGAUGCUACAUCAGAGCAGUCCGAUCAGGAUUCAGAAAACCUAGAAGAAAUGGGAGAUGAUGAGAAUGAGAAUGAGAAUGAGAAUGAGGAUGAUGAUGAUGAUGAUGAUGAUGAUGAGGAGGAUGAUGAUGAUGAUGAUGAGGAUGAGGAAGAGGAAGAAGAAGAAGAAACAAAAGGUGGAAAAGAGGGAGAAAUGAAGUCAGCAAUAACGUGGACCGAAGAUGAUGAAAAGAAUCUCAUGGAUUUGGGAAGUUCCGAGCUUGAAAGAAACCAACGAUUGGAAAAUCUAAUUGCAAGAAGACGAUCGCGAAAAAACAUCACAGAGAAAAACAUGAUAGACCUAGAAAGUGAUCUUCCUUUCAGCGUUCCUCCCAUAUCAACAAAGAGGCAAAAUCCAUUCGAUACACCAUUCGAUUCCAAGGACGAUUUAGGAUUGCCUCCAAUUCCGGGAUCGGCUCCUUCCAUUUUACUAACAAGGAAUAAAAAUCCUUUCGAUCUUCCAUAUGACUCGGGCGAAGAGAAACCCGAUCUCUUAGGUGACAACUUUCAACAAGAAUUCAUGCCAUUGACUACAAAGCCAACGGUUUUUCGACGACACGAGAGUUUCAACGUGGGACCCUCUUCCAUAUUUGCCCCUCCAAGGCAAACGAGGAAUGAUACUAGAUUCAGACCUUAUUUUGUACCAGAACAGUUGGUUUCAGAAUCAGCAGGCUAUUCAUCUUCGUUUCAGAGACAGUCGAGUGAACUAAGUGAUUCGAAAGUCAGUUCUAUUCCUGAAACUGAUUCGACAUACUCGGCUACUGAUCAUGAAGAGGACAAGAAACUCUUUGAAGAAGAGGAUUUCUUAGAGGAACCUAAGAAUUUCGUUGAAGAACCAAAUUUGGAAUUAAGCCAAGCUGAAAGGGCAGCAAAGGCACUAGGCGUUGAAAUAAGACUCGGGGAUACUGAAAGCCAUCCGGAAGGUGAAUUUAUGGAUAGGCAAAUACCAAGCUUAUCAACACUAUCUGAACUAAGUGAAACAAGAUUGAAUAAUGAAAUUCAGCACAAGGAUGAGCCUGUUUAUGAUUUAAGUCCCUCUGCGGUCAACAAAAGUCUUUUAUUUUCCUCAUUUGCAUCCAUCCCACCGACAGAAGUGUCUGACCAGAGCCUGCCCUCCGAAUUAAUGAAAAUAAUGGUUCCUUUAGAACGUAGUGGAUCCAGUUCAAGUAGCCAGGGCAUUGAAAGCGAUGAUGAUACUGAUGACGGUGGCUUGAAGACAAAUGGUGUUGAUUUCCAACUUGAUCAUGAUCCCUCCUAUGGCAAUGAUGAUGAUAACCAAAUUGCAGCCAAGGACUCUCCAGUCUACAGUAGCAAACAAUUCGAACUUGAACAAAAUUGGGUUGUGAACACGGAAAUCAAGGAACCAUCACUUCUUACUGAAGAAUUGGAGUCUUCAGAUCAUCACCAAGAAACACUGGAAUUAUCUGAGGGUAGCAUUUCUCAAAAUCUAGAUGAAUCAGUUAAUCAUCAGUCUAACAGAGAAAUCAUUCCAAACACACUCUCCGUUGAAUCAAAGCUUCUAGAAACUGGAUCAUCAAGCCUCUUUGGAGAGGUGGAUGAUAAUAUUGAAGAUAUAGAUGAAGAGUUACUGGCCGAACUGGAUAGAGUUGGAGAUUUCUGUGUAGGAAAGACCAAUGAUGACAUAAUCUCUGGCAUGCCCGGAAUUGAAGCUCAAUCUCUUGAAGAAAUUGAUAAAGCGUUUGCUGAAAUCCUCCAUGAUGAAACUAAGAAAUCUGAGCAUGAUGAAACUGUAACUGAAACUCAUGAAGUUACUGGACUAGAAAUUAGUCCCCGUUUGAUUUAUGAUACACAUGAUGUUAAUGAUCGAGAAAACACGCUUCCAGAGGAUACAUCAGUUACUGAAAAGAAGCCAUUGGAUAUAGAGUCGAAAACUCUCGAAAAAGCUAAUGAAACGAAAAUUGACGAGCUGACACUUGUGGAAGCCUCGUCAAUUGAAGACAUUCAAUUGGCUUUAGAAGGUGACGAUGUGCAGAAGAUUCUCGAACAUACUUUAAUGGUUCGUGAACCUGUAAAGUCAAGUGUUGAUGAUGACGAGUUAACACUUGUGGAAGCCUCGUCAAUUGAAGACAUUAAAUUGGCUUUAGUAGGUGACGAUGAGCAGAAGAUUCUAGAACAUACAUUAAUGGUUCAUGAACCUGUAAAGUCAAGUGUUGAUGAUGAAGGCAGUAAAACAGAAGAUGAUACAACAGGCAUUGUUGAAGAGUUGCAUCUUGUGGAAGCCAGGUCUAUUGAAGACAUAAACUUAGCUGUAGAAAGUAUUGGCGAACGGAAGCUUCCGGAAGAAACCUCUGAUGCGAAAGAAACUGGCGAAACUGAUGCUAGUCAAGUGGUCCAUGAGUCACCUCUUGUGGAAGUCAGGUCCAUUGAAGACAUAAACUUAGCUUUAGAAAGUAUUGGCGAACAGAAGCUUCCGGAAGAAACCUCUGAUGCGAAAGAAAUUGGCGAAACUGAUGCUAGUCAAGUGGUCCAUGAGUCACCUCUUGUGGAAGCCAGGUCCAUUGAAGACAUAAACUUAGCUUUAGAAAGUAUUGGCGAACAGAAGCUUCCGGAAGAAACCUCUGAUGCGAAAGAAACUGGCGAAACUGAUGCUAGUCAAGUGGUCCAUGAGUCACCACUUGUGGAAGCCAGGUCCAUUGAAGACACUGGUUUGGAUUUAGAAGGUAAUUGUCCGCAGAACCUUCUAGAACAUUCGUUAGCAGCUCCAGAGGCUGCAACAGAAUGUUAUAACAGUGAAUCAGAUGAGAAUUCAAGUCUCAAAGAAGAUUUCAUAGAAACAGAAGCUGGUGAAAUUGGCACAGUUCUGGAAAAGGAGGCAAACCCACUCUUGGAAACGGUUAACGAGUCCCCUCUUGUGGAAACCAGGUCCAUUGAAGACAUCGGUUUAGCUUUAGAAGGUAAUGAUCAACAGAACCUUCUAGAACAUUCAUUAGCAGCUUCAUAUCCCACACCAGAAAGUAAUAGUGGUGAAAAGCAGCUCUCAGAUGUGACUUCAAGCCUUAAAGAAGAAACCAUAGAAACGAAAGCUAGUGAAAUUGAAAAGGAGGCAAACCCACUUAUGGAAACCAGGUCAAUUGAAGACACUGGUUUAAAUUUAGAAGGUAAUGAUCAACAGAACCUUCUAGAGCAUUCAUUCGAAGCUCCAGAGCCCACACCAGAAAGUAAUAAUGGUGAAAACCAACUCUCCGUUGGGAAUCCAAGCCUAAACGAAGAAGCCAUAAAAACAGAAGCCAGUGAAGCCGGCAUAGAAAUAUUCUACCAUGCGGUACAGGAAAAAGAGGCAAACCCACUCUUGGAAGCAGUUAAUGAGUCACCUCUUGUGGAAGCCAGGUCCAUUGAAGACAUCAGGUUAGCUUUAGAAGGUAAUGAUGAACUUCGGUUAACAGCUUCAGAACCUGCAACAGAAGGUAAUAAUGGUGAAAAACAGCCCUCAGAUGGGAAUGCAAGCCUUAAAGAAGAAACCAUAGAAACAAAAGCUAUUGAAAUCGAAAAGGAGGCAGACCCACUGAUUGAAACGGUUAAUGAGUCGUCACCUCUUGUGGAAACAACCAGGUCAAUUGAAGGCGACAUCAAUUUAGCUUCUAAAAUCUCCAGUGAUAGCAAUGCUGCUGUUGAUUCAUCAACUGAAUUGAGUAAUGAAGAUGAGAAAGGGAAUGCAAAAACUGAUGUAACAUCUCAUGAAUCAGAUGAUGCUGCAAAAUUGGUAAAAAGUAAGGGUAAGAAGGUAAAAUCUCAUGGAUCCAGUUCCAGCUCUAGCUCCAGUUCAAGUUCAAGUGAUUCUGAUUAGGAGCAAAAACUGAAACUUCUCUUGAAAGAACUCAGAUUUUCUGUUUGAUUUCCCUUUUAAUGUUUUCUCUUGGGUGUGGUAUAAAGCGGUUUGUUUUUGUUUUUUGUCUUUGAAAACUUAUUAGUUUUUUUGGUUGUGCCUUAAUAGUGGAUGUAAUUUUCAUUUUGUCUACAAAAAUUUUUGGUUUGAUUUGUUCAGGGAGUGUUUUUUCUAGUUAAGCUCCUAAUCUUAGGAAGUGAGUUUGAAGAGUGAAUUUUCUUGAUGUUUUGUACUAUAUUAUUAUUUAUAUGAUUUAUAAAUUGGUAUUAUUUGGGAAAGUUCA